AAAUAAUUACUUCGGAUAUGUGAAUAUUAUGCGUGCAGUCAUAUAAAAAGUCAUAUAAAAAGUGCAGAAGCUCUUGAAGACUUGAAUGUUUGAUUUUCACAUCCGCUAGGCAGUGAUGAAAGUUGGAGUUUCAAUGGCUCGUCCAUGGCUCUUCCCUCCAAAUCAAAACGCUUUCUUUUCCCAGCAGCAGAAUCUUCUUCUUUGUUCGAACCGAAUGGCGAUUGGUGUUGGGAGAAGAAAACCGCAGUUUGUAGUGAGCGCAGGGCCGAAGAGGAUAUCGAUUGGUAAAGAGUGUAGGGAAGCAUUGCAAGUAGGAAUCGAUAAGCUUGCUGAUGCUGUGUCUAUUACUGUAGGACCCAAAGGACGUAAUGUUAUUCUCUCGGAAUCUGGAAACCUUAAAGUGAUUAAUGAUGGCAUUACAAUUGCUCGGUCCAUAGAGCUUUCUGAUACAAUUGAGAAUGCAGGUGCCAUGCUAAUUCAAGAGGUUGCUAGCAAAAUGAAUGAUUUGGCUGGUGAUGGGACUAGCACCGCAAUUAUUUUGGCUCGAGCCAUGAUUAAAUCUGGACUAUUAGCAGUUGCAUUUGGGGCUAAUCCUAUUUCUUUGAAGAAGGGAAUGGACAAGACUGUAAAAGAUUUGGUCAAGUUCUUGAAGCAGAAAAGUGUUCCUAUUGAAAGAAGGGCUCAUAUUAAAGCUGUAGCUUCAAUUUCUGCUGGAAAUGAUGAGUAUGUGGGAAAUUUGAUUGCUGAAGCUAUAGAAAAGAUUGGCUCUGAUGGGGUGAUCUCCAUCGAGUCGUCAUCAUCAUUUGAGACCUCUCUGAUAAUUGAAGAAGGGAUGAAGAUUGAUAAGGGUUACAUGUCUCCUCACUUCAUUACCAAUCAGGAGAAGUCCAUUGUUGAGUUUGACAAUGCUAAAGUUUUGGUAACUGACCAAAAGAUUUUGGCUGUCAACGAAAUUGUUCCUUUGCUAGAAAAGGCUAUGCAGUUGAGUGCUCCACUCUUAAUUAUUGCAGAGGAUGUCUCAAGGCCAGUGUUGGAAACGUUAACAGUGAACAAAAUGCAAGGAUUACUAAGAGUUGCAGUUGUAAAAUGUCCAGGAUUUGGAGAUGCAAAGAAAGCUUUGUUACAGGAUAUUGCACUUAUGACAGGUGGUGAUUUUCUUUGUGGAGACUUGGGUCUCACACUUGAAGGUGCAACAUCAGAUCAGCUUGGCACUGCACUGAAAGUGACAAUAACCAGUAAUUCGACAACUAUAAUUGCUGAUCCUGCCACAAAGGCUGAAAUUAAGGCUAGAAUUUCACAGAUAAAGAAGGAUCUUGUUAAAACAGAUAACGCGAACCUGUCGAGAAAGCUCUCAGAGAGAAUUGCAAAACUCUCUGGCGGUGUAGCUAUUGUAAAGGUAGGUGCGCACACUGAGGUAGAACUAGAGGAGAAAAAACUUAGGAUUGAGGACGCGAAGAAUGCAACAUUUGCUGCUAUACAUGAGGGAAUUAUUCCUGGAGGGGGUGCCGCAUAUGUCCACCUAUUGGACUUGAUACCAACAAUAAGGAACUCCAUGGAAGAUCUAGAUGAGCGAAUUGGUGCUGAUAUUGUGGCUAAGGCAAUGCUUGAACCUGCAAAAUCAAUUGCAGCCAAUGCUGGAGUUGAUGGAGACAUUGUUGUCCAGAAGACGAGAACACUUGAUUGGCGAACUGGAUAUAAUGCAAUGACAGGCACAUAUGAAGAUCUUCUAAAUGCAGGAGUGAUAGAUCCUUGUCGAGUUGCCAGAUGCGCUCUUCAAAGUGCAGUUUCAGUUGCUGGUAUGGUAUUAACUACCCAGGCUAUAUUGGUGGACAAAACAAAAAAACCCGAGCCAUCUGUGCCUCUGCUCCCUGGUAUGAUACCUUAAAACGGCGAAAACACUACAAUUUUGACAAUCAACUUUAGUAUCAUGAAUCAAAGCCUGCAAAUGUCCCUUUUGUUGAUUCACACUCGGCCAGCGAGAAGAAUGCUCUUGCCAUGAAUGGAAAAGUCUCGGGUUGCUGCUGCUUAUUUGAGUAUUGACUUGAUGAAAUCCAUGUGCCAUGCAGCCAUGAAGAAUUUUGUUGAAAUUGCAUGGAAACUUAUCCUGCAAAAAAAAAAAAAAAAUCAUUCCACCACAUUUUAUAUCACAAGCCUAACACACUUUUUUUUCCUGCAUGUAUUCUUAACUUGUGUAUAAUUAGUUUUCCUAAUUAUUAGAAUUUUAAUUACAAUCUUUCAACCAUUCUUCUUCCUAGCAAACUGGAAAUAGUGUACUUGACAUUGCUCCACACAAAUAACUGCUUCCUCUCU